CGACACGCUACACUUCGAUGUAAUUAUAAUCUGUGAUAAAAAUGUUAAAAUAUAUGUAUAAACAAAGUAUUAUGUGUAUUAGUGAACUUGAAGAUACCACAUAAUUGGCGACGAUUUUAUUAAAGUAAGUGAAAGGACUGGACCACGCAUUUACCUCGAAAAAUAUUCAAUUUGGUUUGAAAGUGUUAAGACGUAGUUGGUGGACAAGGUCAAGAUGGCGAACAUUGGAAAAAUUGACGAAUUCAACACUCAUGAUGAUAUUGUUAUUUAUCAAGAAAAGCUAGAACAAUAUUUUACGGCAAAUAAAAUAACAGAACCGAAAAUUAAAGUUGCUACUUUACUUAGUCUAGUGGGUACGAAUACUUAUAAACUUUUGAGAGAUUUGUGUUUUCCCGAAAAACCUGCUGAAAAGACUUAUGAACAUUUAACACAAUUAUUAGUGAAACAGUAUAGCCCUCAAGUGUCAAUAUUUCGAGAAAGGAUCAAAUUCCAUAAAUCAAGACAAAAUAAUGAUGAAAACUCAAGUGCUUGGUACGCAAGAAUCAGAUCGUUGGCUGUAAAUUGCAAUUUUGGUGAUAAAUUGGAAAUAUUUCUUAAAAACCAAUUUAUUUGUGGCAUGACAAAAAGCGACAUACUUGAUAGAAUAUGUGAAGAAUCUGAAAAUAAAUCAUUAGAAGAUUUGUUGAAGUUGGCUGUUCAAAAGGAGUCACUUAAAAUUGUAAGUACUCAUGAACAUAAUUUGAAUUUCGCGCGAAGAUACAACAACAAUGGAAGACAAACGUCCAAUUCAACCGGUUAUCAGACAAAUCGAACACACCUUACAACAAACACGUUUGGCAACGCCGCGCAAAUGCACCAGCGAGGUAGGACGACAACGAGCGACACCAGACAGGGGAAGAAGGAACUAAACAGUAACAACAAGAAGCCAUUGCAAUCGAAACAGACUUGUAGAGUUUGUGGUUUGACAAAUCAUGAUUUUUCGCAUUGUAAAUAUAAAAAUUACCGUUGUAGGAAAUGUAAAAAUGUUGGACAUCUGGAAUCAGUAUGUAUUAAAAAGUUUAAAGGGCAUAAUUACUUAAAUAAUGAUAAUUUUGACGUAAACAAUGAAAGUUUUGAAAUUUUUAAUAUAAAUACGCAUGUAAACAAUAGUAAUCCUUUUAAAUUAAACGUUUUUAUGUGUAAUAAAGAAUAUUCUAUGAUAGUAGAUACAGGUGCUUCUAUUAAUGGUAUGAAUUAUGAAUUUUAUCAACAGAAUUUUGGUCGAUUUAAACUUGUUAAAGACAACAUUAUUUUGAAAGGUUAUACAGGUGAAAAUAUACAACCUAUUGGUUAUUUUAUGAUAAAAGUAGGUUUAAAUAAUAUAUUUAAAUAUAUUAAAUUUUACGUUGUUAGAAACGGAGGUCCAUCUGUUUUAUUUCAUCGAAUAGAUGGAGUGGAUAAACCAAUUGCAUGUACAUCAAGGACAUAUAUGCCAAAUGAAGAGGCGUAUGCUAUUAUUGAUAAGGAAGCGUUAGCACUGGUUUUUGGAUUAAAAAAGUUUCAGCAAUAUUGCCAGGGAGUAGACAUAAUUAUUAGAGUAGAUCAUCAACCAUUAGUAAGCAUUUUUGGAGAAAAGAAAGGUAUUCCUCAAAGGAACAGGGACAGAUUGCAGAGGUACGCUAUUUUCAUAAAAGGUUUUAGUUAUAAAAUUGAAUAUAUAAAAUCUAAACAUAAUACGGUAGCAGAUGCAUUUAGUAGAUUACCAGUUAAAGUUAACACAAUUUCAAAUGAAUAUACACGGAAUGAUUAUUUAAACUUUGCAGAAACAUGUUUAGAAUGGCCUUUAGAUUGUAAAAAAAUAGCUCAAGAAACGCUAAAAGAUCCUAUUUUAAAAAUUGUUUUUGAAAACAUAGAAAAAGGGUGGAAAAAAACAAAUAAUGACGAAUUAAGACCAUAUUAUAAUAAAAGGGAUGAACUACAUAUAGAAAAUAGUUGUAUUUUGUGGGGAUUUAGAGUUAUAAUACCCAAGUGUUUACAGAACAUUAUAUUAGAAGAACUACAUGUUUCACACCAAGGUAUUUGUCGUACAAAAUCUUUAGCACGUAGUUAUGUAUGGUUUCCAAAAAUUGAUGAAAAGAUAGAACAUAUGAUAAAAAGUUGUGUUCCAUGUCUUAAAAAUCAUAGUGACCCUAUUAAAAAUAUUAUAACACCAUGGCCCAUAGCAAGAAGACCAAUGGAAAGAGUGCACAUUGAUAUUCUUGGACCAAUAAAAAAUCAAAUGUUUUUAAUUUUAACGGAUUCAUAUAGUAAAUGGUUAGAAAUAUUCAUUUUAAAGAACUUAUCUAGUCAAGAAAUUGAAAAACAUUUAAGAGCAACGUUUGCAAGAUUUUCUAUUCCAGAUUUUGUAAUCUCAGAUAACGGUAGACAACUAAUUUCCCAAGAAAUAUUAGAUUUUUAUAAAAGAAAUGGUAUUAAACACAUAACGUCACCCGUAAAUCACCCAGCUUCAAAUGGUGCAGCUGAAAUUUGUGUAAAAGUUGUGAAAAACAAGUUAAAAGCAGCUUUGGAGGAUCCUAAAAAUGAAAAAGUAUCAUUGGACACACUUAUUUCAAGAUUCUUAAUAAGCUUUAGGAACACAGAACAUACAGUUACAAAAAUGACCCCUGCAGAACUUAUGAUAGGCAGAAAGUUAAAAACUAGACUAGAUUUGUUGAGAAAACCAAGUGUAAAUGAAGAAAAUGAAGAUUAUGCAGUAGAAAAUAUGGAAAAACGAAGAGAAAAAGUAAUAACGGAAUCAAAGGGAGGAAAAAGGAGCUUUGAGAUUAAAGAAGAAGUCAUGGCAAGAGAUUACAGAAAGGUAAAUAAAAAACUUUGGAUUGAAGCAAAAAUAGAGAAGAAAUUAGGAAAAUCAGUGUAUUUAUGCAGAACAAGAGACAAUUUAUUAUGGAAAAGACAUGUAGACCAAAUUGCUAGAAGAAGAAAAGAAGAAAAAAGGGAAGACAUCACAGAGAAACAAGAUUUUAAGACAAGAGAAGAAAAACAUGUAAAAAGAAGACAAGAAAAUUUUAAACAAUUUUUAAAAAUACCUAAUUUUGUCUCAAAUUCCAUAAAAAUUUCACAAAAUAGUUUAGAAAAACAUAGAAAUAAAAAAAAUUCAGAAAUUGACGCAAUAAUUAAUCAAAAUGUUUUAGUUACAGAUCAAAAUAACCUAAUAAAUGAAGAUAUUCGUAAUAUUGAUCGCGAAGAUCAUAAUAAUGACCUUUUGGACAUUGACAAUAUAAAUAAUUCUGACAUAAUUUUAAAUAAAAAUUUAAAUGACAAUUUAGAACAAACUUCUGUUGUUAAUAUCAUAAAUAAUAAACCGAAUAUUUUAAAAGUUUUAGAUAAACCUAAAAAUAAAAUAAUAGAUUCUGGACAGAUUCCGUCCACAAGUAAAAAUGUCCAGAUUCCCAAUGUUAAUACUAAAAAUACUUCUAAAACAGAUUUAAUUAAAACUAGAUCGGGUAGAGAAAUAAAAAUGCCAAAUAAACUUAAAGAUUGUUUAUUAUAAAAAUAAAAAAAUGUAUAUUUUGUAGUUCACAUGUAAUGUUUAUUGUAUAAUGUAACUUUAUUUAUUAUAAUUGUUAAAUAUCAAAAGAUUAAAGUAAAAUGAAAUAUUUAAGUACAAAACUUGAAAUAAAUAAAAUAUUUAAGAUUAAUUAAAAAUUAAAAAUAACAUACCCCCAAAAUAUUUUUUUUAAGAAAGGAAGGUAGUUAGAGUAAAAUAACAUAGUACAAAUUACAUAAUUAUAUGUACACAAAAAAAAAAAGUAAACUUAAAUCUUAAUUU